AUGCGAUUUUCACUUUUUGGUAACAAAACGUGCGAUUUUGCCAUCGAGCACGCAAUUUUUCGUUCUUCUGUGAUCGGGUUUGAUUCAAUUGUUUUUUCAAUAGAUCCACAGAGCAGCACCGCACGAAACACAGAUGUUGAUUUUGAAGAAGCUCGAUUGAUCGGUGAUCAGGUUCAGUUAUCUGCAUAUCAGAAAGUUACGAUUAACGAUGUUUUAAAUCCGGAACCUGCAAAUCCAAAUCGAAAUGCAAAUACAAGUGGUGUAAAUGAGUGUUCGAAUGAUGAAAAGAUUUACACUCCUGAGGUUGAACCAUCAGCUAUACCUGUGGUUGGAAUGCAAUUUACCUCUAUCGAACAAGCAUACGUGUUUUACCAAACAUAUGCUAAGUUAGCUGAGGGACAUAAGCCAUUGUUUAUUGACGAUGCUUAUUCGAAGUCAAAAAAGCCAUUCAAAUCAAGGAACAGGGGGACCAUUAGAACUGGCUGCAAAGCUCAACUUAUGAUUUGCACUGUGGAUGGUAGAUCAUAUACUGUAAAGAAAUUUGUUGAUGGCCAUAAUCAUAAGUUUGUAUGUCCACACGAUAUUCAUAUGCUGCUAGCGUAUAGGCAAUUGUCAGAUGUCCAGGAGGAGAUGAUAUGGGAACUAGGCACUCUAAACCUUGGCCCUGUGAAAGCUUUUCAUAUACUGAGGAAAUGUUACGACGGUUUUGAUAAUGUUGGCGCCACGGUUGAUGAUUGCAAAAACUUUAGGAAUCGAAUUAAAAGCUAUAUAGGAGAAUAUGAUGCUGACAUGGUGAUCAAUAGGUUGACCGACGAAAAACAGUAUUUAGUUGAUUUUUCAUUUGAAUAUUCUGUUGACGAAGACAAACGGUUAACUGGUUUGUUCUGGGCCAAUGGGCUAUGCAAGCGUAACUUUAUGGUGUUCGGGGAUGUGAUAUCGUUCGAUGCAACUUUCAAGACAAACAAGUACAAGAUGGUGUUUGUUCCGUUCACUGGGAUUGACAACCACUGUCGAAAUGUAAACCUUGGAGCUGGGUUGUUGGCAUCGGAGAGCAUUGACUCUUAUAAAUGGCUUCUAAAUUCAUUCGUAAAGCCAUUUGGACGACAGCCAAAGGUUGUAGUGACGGACCAAGACCCUGCGAUGAAACUAGGGCUGGUUGGACACGAGUUGUGCAAUAAUGAUGAUUUCAAAAGGAGGAUGUGCGAUAUUGUAUGGACUGAUUCCAUUGAGCCUGAAGAAUUUGAGAGACAGUGGAAGUUGGUGAUGAUUGAGUACGGUCUCACUGAAAACAAAUGGAUUGACGAUAUGUUUUCGAUGAGAUACAUGUGGAUUCCGGCUUUUUACCGGCAUGAGCCCAUGUCUGGUCUCAUGCGAACAACUUCGAGAUCAGAGAGUGAGAAUCAUUUUUUUGCCAGGUUCAAUCACAGAAAGAAUGAUCAUAUUUCAAGAUAUACUGAGCCUGAUGAUUGGAGCAAAACUACUUUGGAAAAAGAUGCUGCUAAGAUAUACACCAGGUCUAUAUUCUUUUAUCAGCAAACAGAGAUAUAUGGAACUAUUACCGAGUGUCUGCCGAUGGACACCAAAAUCGAGGGUCCACAGAUAAAGAUAUCGUUGAAAGACUUUAAAGCUCAUGGAGAUGGGUUGUUAGAGAGAUGGACAAAGGAUGUGGUCCCGAAUGAAUUAAACGCGAUGUUCGAUGUAAAGGUGGGUGAUAAGGAUGAGCAACACAAGGCUAAACAGAUUGCUUGUGAAAUCAUCUACACAGGGGAGUAUUUGGUUAGCAAUUUGAUAUCCGACCCUUAUCAACUUGUUUUAGUCAGGGAUCAAACGAAGCAAAUUAAAGAAAAAGUUGAUCAGAGUCGUAUAAUCAAGCAGCUUGAUCCAAAAUUGAAAAAGGAUCCCAGGCAUAAAGCCAACGAGGUCGAAGACGAUGAAGAGGAAGAUGAGUUCGAAGAUUAUAGUGGUGGUAGUGAUGAUGGCAGUGAAGAAGAUGAGUGGGAGGAGGUUUCAGACGAGGAAGAUUAA